GGGCUUGUUUAAAGCUCUCCUUAGCUGCUGGGGCUUGUAGUAUUAAGCAGCAGCAUCGCUCUGUUUAACGAUGAAGGUCACUUUUAAAGUACUACAACUCCCAUGAGCAUCAGAGCGACUGGGCCAUCAUGGCCGCCUCCUGUAUAGCAGUCAGGGAGCUGCUUCAUAACAUCAAAUUAAUGCCUUAUUAUCAAAAAUCUUCCUGUUUGUUUAUCAGACGGAUCAGCACAUCUAAGCUUCAAUGCAGCAGUCAGCCUCUGGAGAAAAGCGCUCCGCAGCAGCUGGUUGGAGUGGUCGGUUUGGAAAUUCACGCCCAGAUUAGCUCAAACACCAAACUGUUCUCCGGCUCCUCGGUUCAGUUUUUAGCUCCUCCAAACUCCUCGGUUUCGUUCUUUGACGCAUCUUUGCCCGGAACUCUUCCUGUCCUCAAUAAGCGAUGCGUUGAAGCAGCAGUGAUGACCGGACUGGCUCUCAACUGCACCAUAAACAAGAAGUCAGUCUUCGACAGGAAACACUACUUCUAUGCCGACCUUCCUGCUGGGUACCAGAUCACACAGCAGCGCCGCCCGGUGGCGGUGGACGGAGUGCUCACCUACAGCUUCCUGGGAGGGAGGAAGAGGAACCAGGUGAUGAGGAAGAAUGUGCACAUCAAACAGAUUCAGCUGGAACAAGACAGCGGCAAGAGUCUGCACGAUGACGUCAACAGUCAGACGCUCGUCGACCUCAACAGAGCAGGUGUCGGUCUGAUGGAGCUGGUGAUGGAGCCCGACAUGAGCUGUGGAGAGGAGGCCGCUGCAGCUGUCAGAGAGCUGCAGCUCAUCCUGCAGGCGCUGGGUACCUGUCAGGGCAACAUGUCAGAGGGCCAGCUGAGGGUUGACGCCAACGUGUCGGUGCACCGGCCAGGCGAGCCGUUGGGCACCAGGACGGAGGUGAAGAACAUCAACAGCAUCAGAUACCUGGCCAGAGCGAUAGACUUCGAGAUCCAGAGACAGACGGCGGUGGUGCGGAGAGGAGGGGCGGUGCUAAACGAGACCCGGGCGUACGACUCCAAGUCAGGGGAAACUGUUGCUAUGCGGGACAAAGAAGGUCUUCAGGAUUACAGGUUCAUGCCGGAGCCCAACCUGCCCCCCCUGCUGGUGUUUGAGGAUGAGGCGUCGCUGCCUGCGGGCGUGGAGGCGGGGCAGGCGGUGCUGCUGCGGACCCUGAGGGCAAGGCUUCCUGAGCUGCCCAGCGUCAGGAGAGACAGGCUGGUGCAGACGUACGGCCUGCUGCCAGAGCACAGCUUCACUCUGGUGAAUGAGGAUGGCUUGAUGGAGUACUUUGAGGCGGUGAUGAAGAGGACCAGCAGGGAUCCCAGGAAGGUGAUUGGCUGGGUGACCAAUGAGCUGCUGGGGCUCCUGAAGCAGCAGGACCUGAGCGUGAGCCACAGUCUAGUCCUUCCUGCCGCCCUGGCUGAGCUGCUGGAGCUGCAGGAAGCAGGAUGCAUCUCCUCCUCUGCUGCCAAGCAGGUCUUCCAGGAGAUGUGGAGAUCACCAGGCAAGGCAGCUCUGCAGAUCAUCCAGGAGCGGGACUUGGGGCUCGUUAGCUACGCCGCCGACCUUCACCGAAUCUGCCAGAAGGUCGUAGACUCACAUCCAGACGAGGUUCGAGCCGUCAGGAGCGGAAACCAGAAAGUUCUGAAUAAGCUGAUGGGUCUGGUCCAGAAAGAGACCAAAGGCAGAGCCGACCCGGUUCUGGUCAGGGAAAUCCUCCAAGAGAAGACUUCAUGACAUCAUCGUUUUCAUCACUGACUCUGAGCCAAUCAGACGCUCUGAAUUCAGCUUGAGGUAGACAAUAAAACCCACUUCCUGCUGGGUAAAAUGCUAAAGCUUCAUUGUACAGUAACAGUAUUGUUUUUAUAAACAGGAUGUGAAUGUUAAUAAAUCAAUAACAUUUCUAUAUGUUAUAUUUCUAUCUGUGGUGUUUUUGAUUUAAGUAGAAAUAGUUUUUGUUCUCAUAAAGUUCAUUCGGAUCAGAAACUUUUAUCUCAACCUCUAGUUUACUGAGGCUGAAGAAGUUUCACCCCAUGCUGCUGCAGCAGCCUGAGCACUGAGCGCCCUCCUGUGGUUGAAGCAUGUCAUGACUUGUCAAACACUUGCACAAAUCUUGUUAAAUAUUCAUUUUCUCUGACAUGAAGCACUCAGUGGUUCUGCGCAGCUCCUCUGGUUGAUUUAUAUUUAAUGUAAACAGAGUCCAUCAGCCGCUGAGGGCAGCUGGAGUCCGUCGGCUGCUUCUCAGACUAGAUCACAGAAAUAAAAGGUGUGUCUUUCCUUCGCUGCAGAUGGCACAGGAUUUAGUUUUUAAAAAAAUACAUGCUGUGAAAAGUAUUUGCCCCCUUGACCAGACUUCUUCUGUUUUUGCUUUUCUGCCACAAUUAAAUGCUUUCAGUUCAUCAAGCAAAUUUUAACAUCAGGUUGUAUAAUAAUUCUCCAGUGUACACAAACAAAUUCAGUCAUCUUCAUUCUUUGAAAUGAAUAAUCUGACAGAAACGGUUCCUGGAUCUUAGACAUCCUGUGUGUGUGUAUAUAUAUAUAUAUAGAGAGAGAGAGAGACACACAUGGACUAAAACACACUUUAAAUUAAGACCAAGAAUGUAGCUAAUCACAUGAUAUAUUGAUGAGGUUUCAAUAAUUUAAACUUCAUGAGUCAAAUUAUGAAGGUUCUUCUCCACAUGGUUCUUCCCUAACCAAUAUUUCCCCAAAAUGAUCAACUUUUGGUUUAUUUUCAACUGUUUUGGAGCAGCUUGGUUUCUCGAGAUGUUACUGUUAACGACUAAAACCUAGAAAAAUAUCACCAAUAAGCAUUUAUCUUAAAACCCCCUUAGCACAACGCUCAGGAGGAGACGCUCAGAUAACACGGUCAGGCAGCAGGGAAUCCAUGGGGGUAUUCAGUCAGUCUGUCAGUUCACAAAACCACAAAAUAAAUUAAGAAAAAGAAAAGGAAAAAAAAAUUAUUGUAAGUAAACUUGCGACCGCUUGCGGUGUCCAAUGAGCCCCGUCUCUUAGGACGGCAGGAGAGUGAAAAACGAAGGACUGAUAUUUUAUCAAGACAUAUGUGGAACUUUGUUCUGAUGAAUUUUACUGUAUAUGGUCCGGUCUUCAGAUUCAUUUUGUUAUUCAAAACAAUUUUUAGUCUGAAGAAGCCAUGUUUCCACAGCAGGCUUCUGUCUUCAACUAGCAGGUUGUGAUCGUUUAUCUUUUCAGCUUUCUUCACUGCUUUGAAAAAGACAAAAAAUAUUUUAAGCUUAAAGUGUCAAAAUGGAGCCUUCCUUUUGACACAAGGCAGAGAGGAACUCCUUUCUCUACCAACAUUUAGCUUUAUGUUGUACGAAUCUAGAACUCAAUACAGGACAAGUGGAACCAAGGUUUAGUUUUAUACUUAUUAACAGAAUCAAACAUGGAGAACCAACAUCUAAUUUGAUCAGAACAAGAAUCCAGACAAACCCCAACAAUGUGUUUAUAUGUGUUCUUAUUAAACAUGGGGAACCAAUAUGUAGUUUUAUACUUUUGCUCUUUUGUCUUUGUCGUUUUAUUUGUAUUUCUUUCUAAUUCAUGUAAAGCACUUUGAACUGCUUUGUUGCUGAAAAUGUGCUACACAAAUAAGAUUACCAACAGGCAAGGUCUAUAAAAGACUUUUAUUUCAUUUUCA